AUGAAGUUUUCUCUCGCUAUCUCUGCGCUCCUCGCGCUCGCAUCAUCGCAGACGGCGCUCAGUGCUACACUCCAGAACCUUGAGCUUCGUCAGGGAGGUGACGUCAACGGCUUCCUCCAAGGUCUUCGCGAUGCCAACCUCACCUCGCUUGCCGAUGUGCUUUCGCAGCACUCGGCAGUGACGGAUCGAAUCUUUGCCGACAACUCGGACAAGCUUCUGCUUGCUCCGGACAACGAAGCCAUUGCUGGGCUGCCGUCUUGGGUUACGGGCAACUCGUCGCGUCUCGAAGCCACUCUGCUUCAGCACGUGCUGCGGGGUACGUUUGAAACCGACUCGCUCAACAGCUUCCCCUUGCACACCAUUGGACAUUCCCUGUUGAGCGAAUCGGCUUUCGUCAACUUGCCAGGAGGAGCUGGUCAGGCGGUGGCGCUUGCCAAGUCCGGUGACAGUAGGUUCGUCGCCGAGGCGAUCAACAACGGCACGUAUGAACUGAGCAACGCAACCAGCAAGCUGGGUUCGGUUACGGUGCAGCCCAUCAGUCACGCUAUCACCAUCCCUGGCACGGUGAUUGAGACACUCGGCUACUUGAACUAUUCGGGUAUCUCGACGCUCCUCAACAACGUACAGGGUGGUGCGCUUGUCAAGACGAUCGACUCAAUGGCAGGCAUCACACUCUUCGUACCCACCAACGAAGCCGUCCAGAAGUUCACCGCUACCAACCCGCAACCCAACGAUAUCCCUACCGUCCUGGGUCAGCACAUUGUCGCCUCUCGUGUUGUCUACUCUCCUUUGCUCAUCGACCAGGGUUCGCUUAUCUCGUCGUCCGGUCAAGACAUUGUAUUCGACAACAAGGCAGGCACCGUAAAGGUCGGCAACUUUACCGCCAAGAUCCUCCAGACCGACAUCAUCGCCAAGGAGGGUGUGAUUCACCAGAUCGACAAUGUCCUCGCCUCGACCGCGUUGGACACGGGCCGUGCAGCUCAGGCGCAAAAGUCGGCGCAGGAGUCGGUCAACGCUCAGAACGCCCAGCAGAUCUCGGGCCCUGUCAACGGCAAGAAUGCCAUCACUUCCCAGGGUAACGACGUGCCCGCUGCUCAGCAGGGUUCUGGCGCCAACAACCGCUCCGCUAACGACAACUCGGAUUCGGCCGGCACAGGCCAGAACGAGACCGCGAUCGGCAACGGUAACACGGGCAGCAACGGCGGCGCUUCCCAGGCCGGCGCGAGCACCAACGGCGGCAACGGUGGUAAUGGUAGUAAUGGUGGCAACGGUGGCAAUGGUGGCAAUGGUGGCAAUGGUGGCAACGGCAGCAACGGCGGCAACGGCGGUAACGGUAGCAAUGGCGGCAACGGCGGCAACGGUAACAACGGUACCAACGGUAACAACGGAAACGGUGGAAACGGAAGCAACAUCGACCACCGAGGUCAGAACGGUGCCCUUUCGUCGUCCAGCAUCUCGCUCGCUGCCGUCUCUGCUGUCGUUGCUUCGUCCCUGCUCUCGGUCCUUGUAUGA